GGCCCUCCCCCGGCGGGCUCGGUUUCCUGCCGCCGCCGCCGCCCGGCACUCGGCGCUGGCUCCCGGGGAGCGGCCGCAGCGGAGAUGGGCCCCCGCGCCGCCCCGCUCCUGCCCCUGCUGCUGGCCCUGCUUGGCCGCCCAGACCCUGGGAGAGCCGAGGGCUGUGACCUGCAGCCGGUGACACUCGAGCCGCCCAUCACCCUCUUCUAUGCCACCAGCACGGUUCCUUGGGGCUGUGUCAGCAGCAGCUCGCUGCGUACCAGCCAAGAAGUCCAUGUCCUCAGCGCUGAGUGGUCCAAGGCCCCUGCCUUCCCGCUGAAGGUGUCUGUCAUGCCACAAGCUGGUGGCUGCAACCGGUCAGCAGUGCUCGUCCUCCUGUGCGCCCACUGCUCAGCCACUGUCACCUCCCUGUGCCCAGACCUGCGCAUCCACACUGAUGCCCACCUCAGCCCAGGGACCACCACAGCACUGGGCGCAGAGCUGCCCAUGGUCACCAGCGAGGAGCAGCUGCUGGCCUGGGCUCAGGACACCUAUGGGGGCAUCACAACUUACAGCAAGCUGCAGGACCCUCGCUGGGUCCAGCUCCGCCUGGGAGAAGAUGCCAGAAGCCCCCCACACUGCAUCCCCCAGGAGCACUUCAAUGCCAUGCUGUACCUCGAAACUGAGGUCUUCUUCCACAAGAUGAAGGGCUGCUCACGUGGGGACACCCAAAGCACCAGGGCUGCCCACAUCAUCCACCUGCUGUCGGAGUCCAGCUCCCCCAUCACUGAGGUGAACCUGACCCUGAGCUGUCCCGAGAGAGCCGUGAACAACCAGAUCCUCAUCCUGCAGAGCCGGACCAACCUCACCUGGUCACUCUCGGUCAACAACUGCUCCAUCCAGUUCAUAGUCUCUGGAAACUACAAGAUCACAUCCAUGUCCCCGAUGCUGCACCGCGGGGAGCACCUGCCCGACACGGAGCAGGGCCUUGUCACCAAAGCCUUUGAGAAGAACUACAGCGUCAUCGCCUCCUUCUCCACCAUCCCUCCCAGCACCCGCAUCAGUCUGGAGAUCCAGGAGCACGAGCCAGUCAAGAGGGUGCCCGAGACACCUGCCGCCCCGGCCCCCACUGCCUCACUGCCCUACUUGCUGCUGGUCAUGCUUCGGCCUUGGAAGUGCACAGAUGAAACCAUGGAGAUCAUCAUCGCCAGGUCCCACCUAGAGCCCAUCAAGGAUGUGGUGAACAUCACCCUGCGGGACAUCAACUGCCAGGCAGAAAAAAACGCCACUCACUUCAUGCUGAAAACCCCCCUCAGCCACUGCGGCACCCUGGUGGAGGACAGGGGCCUUGCCAACAAUGAGCUCAUCCUCAACCUGGCCAAGGGCACAGUGCUCCAGAGCGUGCGGGUGGCCUUUGAGUGCAUGAUCCCACGGGAGCUCUUCCUGCGCCUCUUCCCCACCGCCGCCUUCGAGGCACCACAGACGGAGCUGGAGGUCAACAAGGAGGUCUUCGUGCAGGCGUCCAUGCGGUGGGAGGACCACCCAGCUGACCUGCAGCUGAAGGAGUGCUGGCUGGUGGCACCAGGGCAGGAGCCGAUGCUGCUGGUGCAGAGCGGGGAGGCACGCGGCACAGGGGUGGCCUUGCUGGAGGGCCCCCCCAGCAGCCACGGAAGGAAGGUCUGGCGCUUCCGCUUUACCUACGCCGUCCCCGAGGGUGGGCGCAUCCCCUUCUCUGCCACCCUCAAGUGCAAGGCUGGCUUGCAGAACAACACCAUCUUCGAGAAGGUACUGGAGGUGACAGUGAAGGAUGGCUGGCGGCCGCCCAACAACCGUGGGCUAGGGCUGGCCACCGUCCUGGGCAUCACCUUUGGCGCCUUCCUCAUCGGGGCACUCCUCACUGCCGGGCUCUGGUACAUCUACUCCCACACCCGUCCCACCUCCAAACUGCAGCCAGUUUCCAGCACGGUGCCGGCCUCGGAGAGCAGCAGCACCAACCACAGCAUCGGCAGCACCCAGAGCACACCCUGCUCCACCAGCAGCAUGGCCUGACCCCCCCCAGCCCACCCGGUCCCCAACUGUCAGACUUGGGGACCCACCCCCAGCCCCAUUAAGCUGGUGUUUUGCCCCAAAUCUCAGGCCGAGCCCGGAGGGGGCCUCCGUUACUCAUUCAGUGAAUGCUUUGGCCCCCCAAGGGCAGCCCACGCCGGGGGAGGGGGGCACCCUGCAACCCCCCUGGGGUCCCCUGCUGCUGGGCGCACCGGGGAGGCGGAGAGAGUACCUACCCCCAAAGCCUCCCCCAGGGCUCCCCAUCAAAUGGGGGGGUGGGGGGUGGGCAAAAGUGGGUGCCCCCAGGACGAGACCCAGCACUUGGGGUGACCCCCUGCACCUCUCCUGGGUCCCCCCAAGAAGGCAGCGGGCACCACUAGGAGCAGCAAAAUGUUUAUUAAGGGGGGUGAGGCAGUGUGGGGCUGCUGGCUCCCCACGGGGUGAUGGGCAGAAACCACACACACUCCCAGCUCCCCACCCAAGUUACAAACUAUUAAUAAUAAUAAUAAUAAAAAUCUCCCCUAUGUUAAA